AGCUUUUGCAAUUAAACGUAUUGAUCAAACCGCGUACGUAAGACCAGCGCUUAAGGCUACCAUGGCCAUUGCAGAAAGAUUUGAAGCAAAAUUAUCCAUUGUUGUCCUAGGGACGACCUUAGCUUUGCUCUCUUGCGUGGCCGCCACAUCUACGUAUCACCGUCGUAGCCUUAGUGGCGCUGGUUCAAAGGUUUUCGAUGUUACUUCUUAUGGUGCUAAGGCAGAUGGCCAUAAAAAUAAUGUAGAGGCAUUCAUGAAGGCAUGGGUUGCAGCUUGUAAAUCUGGUGGUCCUGCUAAGCUUCUUAUUCCCAAAGGAACAUUUGUGACAGGGCCAGUCGUGUUUGCAGGGCCAUGCAAGGGCUUUAUGACUGUUGAAGUUCAAGGAACUAUUCAAGCAACCACAGAUAUUUCUGAAUACAGUUCUCCCGAAUGGUUUGCCUUCGAAAACCUCAAUGGUCUCCUACUUAAUGGCAGAGGAACUUUCGAUGGCAAAGGUGCCACUGUCUGGAAGUACAAUGACUGCCACGGAAACUCCAACUGCCAACUUCUUCCCUCUUCAAUCAAAUUCUACUUUGUGAACAACGCCGAGAUUCGUGGCAUCACUUCCCUCAAUAGCAAAUCGUUCCACACGCACGUCGUUAACUGCAAAAACUUCACCGCUCAUGACCUCAAUAUAAUUGCUCCAUCUAAUAGCCCCAAUACCGAUGGCAUGCAUAUCAGCAGGUCCAGUCUUGUCACUGUAUCCAACACCAAAAUCGGAACAGGCGAUGAUUGCAUUUCCAUUGGACAAGGGGCAACCCAUGUCACCAUCUCUAAUGUCACUUGUGGCCCCGGACAUGGCAUAAGUGUUGGCAGCCUUGGCAAGUACAAGGACGAGAAGGAUGUGAGCGGGAUUCAUGUGACUCAUUGCACAUUAAAAGAAACCACGAACGGUGUGAGGAUCAAAACCUGGCCUAACUCACCUCCAAGCCAAGCUUCUGACAUCUCUUUCGAAGAUAUAACUAUGGAUUCUGUUAAAAAUCCUAUUGUUAUAGAUCAGAAAUAUGGUUCACAUAAGAGUGCGCCAUCCAGAGUAAAGAUUAGCAACGUUCGUUUCAAGAACAUUAGGGGCACCUCAACUUCACCUGUCGCAGUGUAUUUAGGCUGCAGCUCAGCGGUUCCUUGCACGGAUGUUCAGUUGACCGAUAUUGAUUUGCAAUACAAGCUGGGCCUUAGUGGGAAAGCAAAAUCCAUUUCAUCCUCAUGCUUGAACGCAAAGAUUACUUGUGGGGGCAAACAGAAUCCAGCAGCUUGUGAUACUUAAUUAAUUAGGUUCUUCAACAUCUCUAGCGAGCACCAUAUAUUUUCCUUAAUUCUCUUCGUUUUUUUAUUCUUUCUUUCGUUGUAUUUCUAAAUGUUGUAGUUUACAGAAUUUGUUCUACAAGUGCCUCUCAUGUCAACGCAAGGGCACUCCGAUACUGGAGACAUAUUCCUUCCAAGUUGUGCAAAUUUUAUACAUAUUCAUAAAUGUACGCCAAGUGCAUGCAUUAAUGAUCGAUUACGUUUCUCAAAGGAAAAAUAUUCUAUGUAACUACUGUAACAUACCCAGCUGACACAUUAUACAAUAAAUAGAACCUUUAAUAGAUCGGUAAAUACUCAUAUUUUGAUCUCAAAUUUUGGUCAAGCAA